AUGGCCGCGAAAUCUGAUGGUGCACCCGUCUCUCUACGAAACGAAAUCCCACCCGAGUGUCCCUCCAGGUCGGACCCGCGGCCUCCCCAGCACCGUCUUGCCGAGCAGCGCUACUCCCUGCCGGACUGCUGUUGGACGCUGUGCGCCCUUUUGGUGUUCUUCUCGGACGGGGCCUCAGACCUGUGGCUGGCCGCUGACUACUACCUAAGGAGGGACUACUGGUGCUUUGCACUGACUCUGGUCUUUGUGAUAGUCCCGUCCGUGGUCGUGCAAGUGCUGAGCUUCCGAUGGUUCGCCUACGAUUUCUCGGAAACCGUCGAGAGCGGCACGGCUGCGGCCGCCGUGGUAGCGGCGUCGGGAGCGGAGGAGAGCGACUUCAGCACCAAGGACAGCGGCGAGCGGGGCGCUGGCCGCUCUGCCGCGGCCGGGGUGCUGCCAGGGCCGGGCACCGGGGGAGGAGCCCAGGGCUGCUGUAGAGCCUUCAUGUGGUUCUUCCAGGCCAUCAUUCACAUCUUUCAGCUGGCACAGGUCUGGAGGUAUGUCCACGCCCUGUAUUUGGGCGUGAUGAGCCGCUGGCACAGAGACCCCGAGCGCCGUCACUACUACUGGUGCAUGAUGUUUGCGAGCGCUGAUAUCAGCAUGCUGCGUCUGCUCGAGUCCUUCCUGAAGAGCGCCCCUCAGCUUGUACUGCAGCUCAGCAUUAUGAUCCAGGCCAGUCAGGUGCUGCCCCUUCAGGGGCUUUCAGCUUCUGCCUCACUGAUAUCCCUCGCCUGGAUGGUCGCAUCCUAUCAGAAAGUCCUGAGGGACUCCCGAGACGAUAAGCUACCUAUGACCUACAAGGCCGUCAUAGUUCAGAUUCUGUGGCACCUGUUCACCAUCGGCGCCCGCACCCUGGCCUUCGCCCUUUUUGCCUCCGUGUUUCAGCUUUACUUUGGUAUCUUCAUCGUGGCCCACUGGUGCAUCAUGACGUUUUGGAUCAUUCAAGGCGAAACGGACUUCUGCAUGUCCAAAUGGGAGGAGAUCAUCUAUAACAUGAUGGUGGGCAUUGUGUAUGUUUUCUGCUGGUUCAGUGUGAGAGAGGGGCGCACUCGCUGCAGGAUGCUCAUCUACAGCCUGACUGUGUUCAUUGAGAACGUGGCGCUCACCACUGCCUGGUAUUUGUACCGCAGCCCUCGUACCUCAGACUUCUACGCCGUCAUCAUGGUGUGCGUGGUGGCCAGCAGCUACGCUCUGGGCACCUUCUUCAUGUUUGUGUAUUACUGUCUGCUGCACCCUGAUGGCCCAGUCUCAGGGUGGGGUUAUAUUGUGGAGAAGGAGGUGCCUGUGGAGUUGCUGGCCUCCCCAGCUACCAGCCUCCCCCCUGACGUGGUGAGCAGCCCCCCCAGGACCCUUCAGAGAACUAAAGGGUCAGAAAGAGAGCAGGGGUCUGGGGUAGAUGGAGACGUGUUUCAGGUACGACCACCUCGGGGAGCUCAGGCCCCAGUGCCCAACCUCACACCCAGGACAGAGGGGCCUGUCAUCCGAAUAGACCUGCCCAGGAAGAAGUACCCCGCCUGGGAUGCUCACUUCAUUGACCGCCGGCUACGUAAAACCAUCCUGGUGCUCGAAAGCGGCGCCCCAGUCACGCCAAGGAUUCAGUACCGCUGUCUGGGCACACCCAAAGAAGUGAUGGAGUACGAGACCACCGUGUGA